AUGGCGUCUCUUCUACACUCAGGUCCGGCUUCGGCCUUCCGAACCCAGGUUGUUGCUCUGCGCGUCAGCCCUGCACAGUCCAUGGCUUCCAUGGCAGCAUCUAGUUCAUUUUCCACAUUAUGUCCUCAGGCGAGGUUGCAAGCUUCACUCCGUUCUCAAUCUUCUCUCCCUACUCUCUCUAUCCGCCAAAGCCGCACCUUCCUCACUCAACUCCGCCGUCAAGCGCAAGCCUUGAAAGAACACACCACCUCCGCAUCGGCAUCCCCUACACCAGUGAAACCCACAAAGAAACCUAGCCCUCCCCUGCAGCUCACCAACCUCCCUUAUUUCGUCCGUCGCACCGCUUCCAACCAACUGCCCGUCUACGUCGACACAAAGGCCGGCGGUAACAAGCAACUUACCAAGGUCCAGAAGACCGAAGGUGACCUGGAUGCCCUUCGCAACGACUUGGCUGUUGCACUGAACGUGUCCGACGUGCGCGGCAAGCCCAACCCCGACGUGACCCUUAACCGACUCACUGGUCACAUCAUUGUCAAGGGCUGGCGGAAACCUGAGAUUGUGGAAUUCCUCAAGGAGCGAGGAUUCUAA